AUGAAUCGUUUUCAACAGGCAUUGGAUACAUCUGAACGGGACAGAGCGCUUUCAGAACUGGCAACUGAGCGAAAACUGCGACGUAAAGCCGAACAAGAGCUUUGUGAACACAGAGCCAAAUAUCAACUACUUCAGGCGGAGUUAGUUUUGCUCCGAAACGAGUAUCAAAAUGCCCGUUGUCGUCUUGCGAGCACAUCUGUUCUCGAUCGUGGUGCUGCUACUGUCACCGCAAAUGGAACGUAUGUUUUCUAUUUAUGUGCUCUUACUAACGCGUUCUAA